AUGUGUUCAUUGUCUUAUCAUAAACUUAGAGUCCAAGAUAUUCGGGGUCAAGAAUAUGAUGGAGCUAGUAACAUGUGUGGAGAAUGGAAUGGGUUGCAAGCUUUAUUAUUAAAGGAAUGCCCUUAUGCUUAUUACAUACAUUGUUUUGCUCAUCAAUUGCAAUUGGCUCUAGUUGCAGCGUCUAAAGAUGUGACCGAGACUGACAUUGCUACAAAAGGUUCUACAUCUUCUCAAAAAGGUGAUGCAAUAUUUGCACUUAAACAUGCAAUGUCAUUUGAUUUUGUCAUUGUUUUGCAUAUGAUGAAAGAUAUAAUGGGGAUAACUGACAAGCUUUGCCAAUCUUUACAACAAAAAUCUAUAGAUAUUAUUAAUGCAUUGGCCUUGGUUUCCACAACAAAAAUAUUGCUUCAAAAACUGAAAGAUGAAGGUUGGCAAUCACUUUUGGAUCAAGUGGUUUGUUUUUGUAAAAGAAGUGACAUUUUGGUCCCUGAUAUGAAUGAGACUUACAAAUAUGUAAUUCGGACACGGCGUGAUAAAGAAAAUAUCACUGCAGAGCAUCACUACAGAGUUGAAUUGUUUAUUGCUGCUAUUGACAGUCAGUUACAAGAGUUGAAUUCUAGAUUUGAUGAGUCUGUAACAGAGUUUCUCCGUCUCAGUGUUGCACUAGAUCCAAAAAAGUCCUUGAAUGUUGAAGAUAUAUGUAAAUUGGCAACAACUUAUUAUCCUUUGGACUUUACAGAGCACGAAAUUCAUUUGUUGAAACUUGAGUUACGACAUUAUGAGUUAGAUGUGCGCAAUCACCCACAAUUGAAAAUUUCUUCUACACUUUCUGAGUUGUGCAGGGGUCUACAUGAAACUGGAAAGGCUGGUACUUAUCCUUUGUUUGACAGAUUGAUUCGCAUUAUAUUAACGCUUCCUGUUUCUACUGCGACAUCUGAAAGAGCAUUCUCAGCAAUGAAAAUCGUGAAAACGCGACUUCAUAAUACCAUGAAUGAUGAUUUUCUUAAAAGUUGUAUGCUUAUUAACAUUGAGAGGGAGAUUGUUGAUACAUUUUCCAUAGAUAAACUUAUAGAUGAUUUUUCUUCUAUGAAGCAAAGUCGGGCACAACUUAAAGUGAGAAAGAGAGUUAAAAUGGAAUUGGAUUUAAUUUAUCAUUAUGGUAGAUUGUUGUUUAUACAGGUGAAGUUAGAAGACUGCUAUUGUUCGUUAUGA